CUUUCAGAUAGUUGUACGCAUGCGCAGCAGAACUCGUGGGCUUCCGUUAGAAACGUCCAUAGUGUUCAUUACAUAAACAAUGGCUGAGCCGCACAGACGGCGACAUGAGAUCGGAGACAGAAAGCCGUCACCUACACGACCAUCCUCCGCAACAAACACAGCCACUUCCGGUGAUAGCUACUCGGUGUAUCUGAGGCUGUUUGCUGCGGGGUUUUACGGAGUCAGCUCAUUCAUCAUCGUUAUUGUCAACAAAAGCGUCCUCACCAGCUACAGAUUUCCAUCGUCAACAUGUGUCGGACUCGGCCAGAUGUUGGCUACAGUCGUAGUUCUGAGGAUCGGGAAGGCGCUUGGCAUUAUCUCCUUUCCAGAUACGGAUCUGAGUAUACCUCGCAAGAUGUUUCCACUGCCUCUACUGUAUGUCGGGAAUCAGAUAUCAGGGCUGUUUGGGACACAACGACUCAAUCUACCCAUGUUUACAGUUUUGAGGAGGUUCAGUAUUUUCCUCACCAUGGUGUUUGAGGGACUCCUGCUGAAGAAAACGUUCUCUACGUCAAUCAAGAUUACAGUGUUUACCAUGAUAUUUGGGGCUUUUAUUGCUGCAAGCGCCGAUUUAGCUUUCGACCUUGAAGGAUACAUGUGCAUAAUGCUGAACAAUGCUCUGACAGCGGCCGGUGGGGUGUAUACGAAGCAGAAACUUGAUUCCAAGGAGCUCGGCAAAUAUGGGCUUCUGUACUACAACGCUUUAAUCAUGAUAUUCCCCACUGCGGCAUACGCUUACUUCUCAGGGGACCUGCAAGUGGGCUUGGAGUUUGAUGGAUGGUCUGAUCAGCUGUUUGUGAUGCAGUUUGUGCUCUCCUGCGUCAUGGGCUUCAUUUUAAUGUACUCCAUCAUGCUGUGCACGCAGUACAACUCAGCACUCACCACCUCCAUCGUGGGCUGUAUUAAGAAUAUCCUUGUGACGUACCUUGGGAUGGUGUUCGGAGGAGACUACAUAUUCAGCUGGACUAACUUCCUAGGUUUGAACAUCAGCAUCGCAGGCAGUCUGGUGUACUCCUACAUCACUUUCACACAGGAGCAAACAAAAAAGGCAUAACCCCCCGAGUCUCGACCCGACCAGAAGAACCACGUCCAGAAAACAGAAUAUAUAUUUUCUGUUUUGUAACCAUGCUGUCCAAAUAUUUUAACAAACAUUUAUAAACUAUUCUGUUAGCAUACAUUUUUGCUGCAAAAAUAUUUUAAAUAAUGUUAUCUAAUUGUACUUUAUUUUUUAAUUAAGACCAAGUGCCUUCAAUUGUUUUUAUAAUUAUAUUUUGUGAUUUAUGAGCAUUUUUAUAUUUGACAAAUAAAAUUAAA